AUGAGGCAGCUGCCCGUCACCCCAGGCUACGGUGGCUUCGUGCCGUACCUGAGCUGCGAGGGCACCUCCAGCGAGGACCACAUGUCCCGCUGCCUGCAGGCUUUCCGGGAGAAGACGCAGCGCUACAGGGACCAGCAGAAGGAGUUCUGCCACGCGGUGGCCACCGCCCCCAAGCUGCAGCCCAUCUGCCAGGAGGAGACGGUCCUGCGGGCGCUGCACCAGUACUACCAGCAGUACCACCCCUUGCUCCUGGAAUGCCAACAGUUGAGGAAGCCGCUGGAGGAGCCCCCAAUCCCGGGCUGGGCGGGCUACCUGCCCAGAGCCAGCGUCACGGAGCUGGGCUGCGCCACCCGGUACUCGGUCACGGCCAGAAACUGCUACCAGGACUUCCUGGACCUCACGGAGCGGUCCAGGAGGGCGCACCUGAAGCCCUACGCGGAAAUCUACGGAGUGAGGUCCCCGCAGCCGCCGCCGCCGCCGCCUCCAAGAGUUUUGCAGCGUGACCGGCUGCCCAGGUACCCGGACUUCUCUCUGCCAGACAGCACCUGUCCUGGCCUUGCGAUACCCCCGAUAGAGCACCCCAGGCCUCCGGGGAGGUGUGACUUUGCUCAGAGUCCAAACAGGAAGCUCUAUCUGGAACCACUGUCCUCAGACAAUGGCCCCCUAGGAGAGCCGCCCCAGGAGAGUGGACUCUAG